AUGGAUACAGAGGAUUCAUAUGAAUGUGCUUGCCCGGCUGGAUACAUUGAUGUAUCACCGGACACUGCUCAGAAACCGGGAAGGCGAUGCUUACUGAACUGCGUGGACACUGCCGAAUCAUAUAUCUGCAAGUGUCGCGAUGAUUUCGUAGACGAAUCACCGGAUACCAAAAAUCGCCCAGGAAGAAUCUGUCGUCCGGCGCUGAUCGAUGAGUGCAGGCUUGGCAAGCACGACUGUAGCCAAAAUGCAGUGUGCCAAGAUUUACCGCAAGGUUAUACAUGCCACUGCAAGUCCGAAUUCAUCGACCAGAGCCCGAAUCGAGCUUCAUUGCCCGGACGUCUAUGUGUUCCAAGACCAACAGCACCACCCGAGGAAUGCCGGAUCGAUGACAGUGCAUCGUCUUGCAAAGAGGAACUUAAUGAGGUUUGUCGACUGAUCAAUGGUAAGCCGAAAUGCGCAUGUCCAAUAAACUACAGCCGUGAUCCGACUACAAAAUCGUGCACCACCAUCGAUGAAUGUCAGUUCCCGCAGUUGAACGAUUGUCAUCCUAGCGCUGAAUGCAUCGAUAAGCCGGUCUCAUACACGUGCCGCUGCAAGCAGGGCUUCAAGGAUAUAUCACCGGGUGACAAGCCUGGUCGUGUCUGCCAACCAUACGUUAAUGAAUGCCAGUUUCCGCAUCUCAAUGAUUGCCACCAGAAUGCGGAAUGCAUCGACAAGGAGGAUGGUUACGAGUGUCGCUGCAACCAGGGCUAUAUGGAUCGACAACCCGAGCGACCAGGCAGACUGUGCAAAAAGAGAGUGGAUGAGUGCGCGAAACCCGAACUCAACAGGUAG